AUGGCAACUGCAGGUGACGGCGAUUCACCUAUGGCACCUAAUGACACCCCGAGAGGCAACGCGAUGCCGUUCACGUUGAGCAAACUUGCUUACUUCGCGUGUAACGAAGAGACGAGGACAUGGUAUAAUACGAAGAGCUUCGGACUGAGGGUCGACUUAAAGAAAUGCUGCAACUUUCUGAUGACGCUCGGCGAUAGACGGAGGGCCUUGACCUCGAGACCAGGAAAUAAUUAUGGUGGAUCAAAAGUGUGCACUAUAGCCGCCUUCAACGGGCACCUCGACUGCCUGCAACAGGCGCAUGUAGCGGGCAUUCCGUGGGACUGGCGCACGACCGAGGUGGCCUGCCGAUCCGGGAACAUUGAAUGUUUGAUGUACGUGCAUAGUAACGGUUGCGAGACGGGAGGCUAUGUCUCCGCGUUGGCCGCGGCAUGCGCCGGCCAUUUAAGCACCCUGGAAUAUUGUUGGAUCAACGGGUUCAAGUUCCCGCGAAACUUGUGCACGUUGAUCGCGAGGUUCGGCAGCAUUGAGUCCUUGCGUUACCUAAGGUCCUUAGGCUUCAAUUGGGACGUCUCGACAACCGCGGCGGCAGCGAGUUUCAAUCAACUCGAAUUUCUAAAGUACCUCCACCAACACGGCUGCCCUUGGGACGCUACAACGUGCUACGCUGCAUCGAAACUCGGCAACCUCCAGUGUCUUGAAUAUGCUCAUAAGAACGGCUGCCAAUGGGAUAUGACCACGUGCCAAGGCGCCGCGCAGUACGGCCAUAUAGAUUGUUUAAAAUAUGCUCACACCAACGGGUGUGAAUGGAACAUCCUCACUACGAUGAUGGCGGCCAUCAACAGACAACAAGAAUGUUUCCGUUACGCAUUAGAAAAUGGAUGUCCCUGGCCGGACUGGUUAACUUGGGAAAGCAUAGCUGAGGCCUGA